AUGUCAGACGAAUCUGCCUCAGGGAGCGAUCCAGACCUGGACCCAGACUUGGAGUUGGAGGAUGCGGAAGAAGAGGAAGAGGAGGAGGAGGAGGAGGAGGGGCCAGUGGAAGAACAGGAUAGGGAUGAUGAGGAUGACCUGCUGGAUGAUCAAUCCCUGGAAGACAUGUGUGGCACUGAGUGUUCCCAGCUGGGGGAAGAUGGGCAGAGGCCACCACGGUGCACUUCAACUACCUCAUCUCAGUCUGAGCCUUCAGAGCAGCUUAGGCACCCCCAAGCCAAGAAUCUAGCCUCCGAGGAUUCCAAAAAGAAGAGAGCUCAGAAGCCUUCCCAUAUGAGGAGAAAUAUACGAAAGCUGCUCCGUGAGGAUCAAUUGGAGCCAGUUACCAAAGCAGCACAACAAGAAGAAUUGGAAAGAAGGAAACGCUUGGAGCAACAGAGAAAGGAUUAUGCAGCUCCUAUUCCCACUGUUCCUUUGGAGUUCCUUCCUGAGGAAAUUGUCUUAAGAGCAAGUGAUGGUCCCCAACUGCCUCCUCGGGUGUUAACCCAGGAAAUCAUUUGUUUGGACAGCAGCAGUGGCAGUGAGGAUGAAAAAAGCAGUCGAGACGAGGUGAUCGAACUUAGCUCUGGAGAAGAGGACACUCUGCACAUUGUAGAUAGCAGUGAGUCUGUCAGUGAGGAGGAUGAAGAAGAGGAGAAAGGUGGUACCCAUGUGAAUGACGUCCUAAAUCAGCGUGAUGCUCUGGGGCGAGUCCUUGUCAAUCUGAACCACCCUCCAGAGGAAGAGAAUGUCUUCCUAGCCCCACAGUUAGCCCGGGCAGUGAAACCUCAUCAGAUUGGUGGGAUCCGGUUCCUGUAUGACAACUUGGUUGAGUCCCUGGAGAGAUUUAAGACCAGUAGUGGUUUUGGCUGCAUCCUGGCCCAUAGCAUGGGUCUGGGGAAAACUUUGCAGGUCAUCUCCUUCGUUGACGUCCUCUUCCGCCACACACCAGCCAAAACUGUUCUUGCCAUUGUGCCGGUUAAUACUCUUCAGAAUUGGCUGGCAGAGUUCAAUAUGUGGAUUCCAGCUCCUGAAGCCCUUCCAGCUGACAACAAGCCUGAAGAAGUUCAGCCUCGUUUCUUUAAAGUUCACAUCUUGAAUGAUGAACACAAGACAAUGGCAGCUCGUGCUAAAGUGAUGACUGAUUGGUUGUCAGAGGGUGGGGUGCUUUUGAUGGGGUACGAAAUGUACAGACUCCUCACCCUGAAGAAAUCCUUUGCCACAGGUAGACCGAAGAAAACCAAGAAACGCUCCCACCCGGUUAUCAUUGAUCUGGAUGAGGAGGAUCGACAGCAGGAGUUUCGGAGAGAGUUUGAGAAGGCCUUAUGCCGCCCGGGCCCUGAUGUGGUGAUAUGUGACGAGGGACACCGCAUCAAAAACUGCCAGGCCAGUACCUCGCAGGCCCUGAAGAACAUUCGCUCUCGCCGCCGGGUGGUGCUGACUGGGUACCCUUUGCAGAACAACCUCAUUGAGUACUGGUGCAUGGUGGACUUUGUGCGCCCAGACUUCCUUGGCACCCGACAGGAGUUCAGCAACAUGUUUGAACGCCCCAUCCUAAAUGGACAGUGUAUCGACAGCACACCUCAGGAUGUCCGCCUCAUGAGGUACCGAAGCCACGUCUUACAUAGCCUUCUGGAGGGCUUUGUGCAGAGGAGAGGCCACACUGUGCUGAAGAUUCAUCUCCCAGCUAAGGAAGAAAAUGUGAUCCUGGUACGGCUCUCUAAGAUACAGCGAGAUUUAUAUACACAGUUCAUGGAUCGCUUCCGGGAUUGUGGUAGUAGCGGUUGGCUGGGCCUGAACCCCCUCAAGGCUUUCUGUGUGUGCUGCAAGAUCUGGAAUCACCCAGAUGUGCUGUAUGAAGCCCUUCAGAAAGAGAACCUGGCCAAUGAACAAGACCUCGAUGUGGAAGAGCUUGGUUCAGCAGGGACCAGUGCACGCUGCUCAUCACAGGGAACAAAAGGCAAGGUGGAGGACAAUGCCUUGGCCUCCUCAAUGGGAGAGGCAACCAAUAGCAAGUUCCUGCAAGGGGUUGGCUUCAAUCCUUUCCAAGAGCGUGGCAAUAAUAUUGUCACAUAUGAAUGGGCCAAGAAUCUUUUGACUAAUUAUCAGACUGGAGUCUUAGAAAACUCUCCGAAGAUGGUACUGCUUUUCCAUUUGAUUGAGGAGAGUGUGAAGCUUGGAGACAAGAUCCUUGUAUUCAGCCAGAGCCUUUCCACCUUGGCUCUCAUCGAGGAAUUCCUAGGGAAACGUGAAGUACCCUGUAUAUCUUGUACCGAGGGGCAAGGAGUACAGAAAUGGGUUCGAAACGUCACUUACUUUCGGCUCGAUGGGAGUACCCCAGCCUUUGAGAGGGAGCGACUCAUCAAUCAGUUCAAUGACCCCAGCAACCUCACCACCUGGCUAUUCCUUCUUUCCACAAGGGCUGGAUGUUUAGGUGUGAAUUUGAUUGGUGCCAACCGAGUAGUGGUGUUUGAUGCUUCCUGGAACCCUUGCCAUGAUGCCCAGGCAGUAUGCCGUGUAUACCGUUAUGGCCAGAAAAAACCAUGUCACAUCUAUCGCCUGGUGGCUGAUUACACGCUGGAAAAGAAGAUCUAUGACCGCCAGAUUUCCAAGCAGGGCAUGUCAGAUAGAGUGGUAGAUGAUCUCAAUCCAAUGCUGAACUUUACUAGGAAGGAAGUGGAGAACCUGCUGCAUUUUGUUGAGAAGGAGCCAGCUCCCCAAGCAUCCUUGAACAUAAAGGGAAUCAAGGAACCAGUUUUACAACUUGCCUGUCUGAAAUACCCUCACCUCAUCACCAAGGAGCCUUUUGAGCAUGAGUCAUUGCUCCUUAACCGAAAGGAUCACAAGCUGACCAAGGCAGAGAAAAAGGCAGCAAAGAAAAGCUAUGAGGAAGACAAACGCACAUCAAUCCCCUACACCCGCCCAUCAUAUGCUCAGUAUUAUCCUGCCAGUGACCAGAGCCUGACUAGCAUCCCUGCCUUCAGUCAAAGAAACUGGCAACCAACAAUGAAGAGUGAUGAGAAGCCUGUGGCCAGUGUUCGUCCUGUACAGUCUACUCCCAUUCCCAUGAUGCCACGGCAUGUCCCGCUGGGAGGCAGUGUGAGCUCUGCCUCUGGUACAAAUCCUGCUAUGAACUUCCCGAUCAACUACCUUCAGCGUGCGGGAGUCCUUGUGCAGAAAGUAGUCACCACAACAGAUAUUGUUAUUCCUGGACUCAACAGCUCCACAGAUGUACAGGCACGAAUAAAUGCUGGUGAGAGUAUUCACAUUAUUCGUGGGACAAAAGGGACAUAUAUUCGUACCAGUGAUGGGCGGAUCUUUGCUGUUCGGGCGACGGGCAAGCCAAAGGCUCCUGAUGAUGGUCGUAUGGCUGCCUCAGGUUCACAGGGGCCUUCUCUCGAGUCCACGAGCAACGGCAGACACAGUGCCUCAUCACCUAAAGCCCCCGACCCUGAGGGACUGGCCAGGCCCGUCUCUCCGGACAGCCCAGAAAUCAUCAGUGAGCUGCAGCAGUAUGCAGAUGUGGCUGCUGCCCGGGAAUCCCAUCAGAGUUCCCCAAGCGCCAAUGCUUCCCUGCCUGGCCCCACGGCCCAACUUACAGACAGCAGUGCUGUUCCUGGCACAACUCUCGGGACUGAAUCUCGACAUGGGGGUCAUUGCCUCAAUAGUUCCCUCUUGGUGACCGGCCAGCCCUGUGGAGACAGGCAACCAUUGAUGGACUUAAGGGGCCACAAACGGAAAUUGGCCACACCACCUGCUGCCCAGGAGUCAGUCCGCCGGCGGUCCAGAAAAGGCCAUCUCUCAGCCCCCGUGCAGCCGUAUGAACACGGGUAUCCAGUUUCUGGCGGGUUUGCCAUGCCACCCGUCUCCUUAAAUCAUAACCUCACCCCUCCCUUUACCUCCCAGGCUGGGGAGAACUUAUUUAUGGGCGGUACCCCCUCCUAUUACCAGCUGUCCAAUUUGCUGGCAGAUGCCCGCCUGGUGUUUCCAGUGACUACUGACCCUCUGGUGCCAGCAGGCCCCGUCAGUUCUUCUUCCACGGCUACCUCAGUCACUGCCAGCAACCCUUCCUUCAUGCUCAACCCUUCUGUACCAGGGAUACUACCCAGCUAUUCACUCCCAUUCUCACAGCCACUCCUGUCCGAGCCGAGGAUGUUUGCGCCUUUUCCUUCCCCUGUCUUACCCAGCAACCUUUCACGAGGCAUGUCUGUCUACCCAGGCUACAUGUCUCCACACGCAGGCUACCCAGCUGGCGGCCUACUUCGGUCCCAGGUGCCUCCAUUUGACACUCAUGAUGUGGCUGAGGUGGGGUUCAGCUCCAAUGACGACGAGGAUAAGGAUGACGAUGUGAUAGAGGUCACUGGGAAAUAGCUGGGGACCCCUUUCUGCCUCAUUCUGGGGCUCCCAGCAGGUUGCCCAUUAAUCUAGAAGGCAGUGGUCUGGGCUUUCUGAGGAAAGGGCGCUUGGCAGGAUGGAAAAGGAAGAGAACAAAGAAAGAUGCUUAACCAGAGUGGUAAGGCUCUGUUGCUUACUGUUUAACAAGAGGCAAAAUUAUCCAACAGAGGAGCAAUAGUGGAAAAUCAGGGACCCAAAACAGGAAUGGAGGGACAGGGCCGCCUACCUCUCUUCCUGCCUGCCUUGCUUAUGCUGUCUGCUUGCUUGCUUGCCCAUUGGAGUAUAGAAGCUCACAUCCCACUUCUGUCAUUGGGAACAUUCUCUCCCAAGAGCUGCCUUACUGGGUGACUUAGCUUGAC